AUUGUGUCAACAGCGCGCGCUGUGUUUUUGUUCCACGUCAAAUAUCAGUGGUAAAGUUUUCCAAAACACACUCCCGCAGCGGCCCCUAAUUUUGCACCCAUUUCUUGCGACAAAUUUUGCUCACCCGCACCCGCAAAAUGGUAUCCGUGCUCAACACGAUCGAUACCGGCCACGAGGACAUGAUCCACUGUGCCGAUGUCGAUUACUACGGGCUCCGGUUGGCCACCUGCUCCUCGGACAAUUCGGUCAAAAUUUUCGACAUCAAGAACGGUGCCCAGACGCUGGCGGCCGACCUGAAGGGUCACGGCGGUCCGGUGUGGCAGGUGGCCUGGGGCCACCCCCGGUACGGUAACGUGCUGGCCUCCUGCUCGUACGACCGCAAGGUGAUCGUGUGGAAGGAGGCCGGCCCGGGCGACUGGACCAAGUGGUACGAGUACAGCAACCACGACUCGUCGGUAAAUUCGGUCGCCUGGGCACCGGCCGAGUAUGGGCUGGUGCUGGCGUGCGGCAGCUCCGACGGUUCGAUCUCGAUCCUGACCGCCAACGUGGAGGCCGGCACGUGGGAUUGCAAGAAAAUCCCGAACGCGCACACGAUCGGCUGCAACACGGUCAGCUGGUGCCCGGCGACCGUCCCCGAGCCGGCGUUCGAUCAGCGCCCGAGCAAGACGAACCUCGCGGUGAAGCGGCUGGUGUCGGGCGGGUGCGACAACGCGAUCAAGAUCUGGAAGGAGGACGGCGAUCGCUGGGAGGAGGAGAAGCGGCUCGAACUGCACUCGGACUGGGUGCGCGAUGUGGCGUGGGCACCGAGCGUCGGUAUGCCGCGGCACCAGAUCGCCAGCUGCUCGCAGGACCGGCGGGUCGUGAUCUGGACGAGCGACGAUCUGGCGAACUGGCAGCCGGCCGUCCUGCACAACUUCGACGACGUCGUGUGGAACGUGAGCUGGUCGCUGACGGGCAACAUUUUGGGCGUGUCCGGCGGCGACAACAAGGUGAGCCUGUGGAAGGAAACGGCCGAGGGCCAGUGGAUCUGCAUCAGCGAGGACACGAACAGUGCGUCCACCGGGGCGGCGGCUCAGAACAACUUCAUCCCGGAACAGCGAACACUGUAAAAGGGCGGCCUGUGCGUUUCUUUUUUUUCAACCGGUUAAGCUUGCGUAUUCCAAUGUAACUAUGUAAUCAAUAAAAUACUUUUAAAUAUUAA